AAGGAUAGCAGCCUCAGAGAGUCCCCUCAGAGAAAACGUAAAGCCAGCAGGACUCUCUGCUGUGUCUCUCCAUGGAGGAUUUGACAGGGGGGAAACAUUUAUGGAACCACUGCCCCACUCUGUGCUGCUGAAUGUGCUGGGUAGAAGCAUGACCACACCUCCUGUUACUCAGUGUGUGUCCAUUGGCUGUUGGAAAUGAUCUGGUGCCUGGAUGUGGCUGCUGUCAAGGCUUUAUUCUAUUAAAACUCCCCAAACUCCUCCAUCCUCCCUGACACUUGUUGCUGCCUGCCUGCCUGCCUGCGCACCGCCGGGACAGGCAACCUGUCCUGAACCGCUUCAGCAAUUCCUUAGGGAUUUCCCGCGGGUGAGUGAUGAACUCCAUCGACCCUCAGUCCCAUCACCAGCACCAGCACCAUCACCAUCACCAGCAGCAGCACACCUCCCCUACCGUCGGCUCUCUCCCACCCAAAGGCGCCCAGGAGGCCCCGGACAUGGCCGCCGUCUACUGCGACAACCUGAGCAGCAUGUACCACCAGCAGAGCCUGCAGGGCGCACAGAGACCCGCCGGCUACGGCCUCGGAGAUUAUACAUCUUCUCCGAACCCGUACCUGUGGCUCAACGGGCCGGGCGUCAACUCGUCCGCGUCUUACCUGCACGGCAACAACCCGGCGUCGUUCAUCCCGCCCUCCUACGGCUCGCAGCGGCAGUUCCUCACCAACUCACCUGGCUUCGGUGGGCCCGACCUGGGCUGGCUGUCCAUCGCCAGCCAGGAGGAGCUGCUGAAGCUGGUGCGGCCGCCCUACUCCUACUCCGCGCUCAUAGCCAUGGCCAUCCAGAACGCGCACGAGAAGAAGCUGACAUUGAGCCAGAUCUAUCAGUACGUCGCCGACAACUUCCCGUUUUAUAAGAAGAGCAAAGCCGGCUGGCAGAACUCGAUCCGGCACAACUUGUCUCUGAACGACUGCUUCAAGAAAGUGCCGAGGGACGAGGACGAUCCAGGAAAAGGAAACUACUGGACGUUGGACCCAAACUGCGAGAAGAUGUUUGACAACGGAAACUUCCGCCGGAAAAGGAAAAGACGUUCUGAUCCGAGCAGCGCCGUGGCACCAGCGGCGGCGGCGGCAGCGGCAGGGGCCACCAAAGUGGAGGACAGCCGGCCCGCAGUGGCGGCCCCGCUGAAGCCUUCAGAUAGUCCUCCGCUGCUGGGGCCACCCUCGCCGGAGAUGGACGCCAUGAGCGAGGGCCACAAGGGUUCGCCAUCGUCGUCUUCGCCGCCCGGACUGGCCUCAGCCGCUCCUUGUUUUAAUAACUUUUACAGCAGCAUGUCGACGCUCAGCUCGGGGGCCCCCGGCCGUCAGGGGUCCCUGGGACUGGUCAACGAGCUGUCCAAUAGGAACAUAACGGCCCUGAGCCCGUACCACCUGAACCACGGCGGGCAGGACACGGGCCCGUCGGAGCACGGCGACGGCUUGCAUUUCAACCGGGGAGUGUACUACAACACGUUUGGCGGCGGGCAAAGUGGACAGUUCAACAGUCACUUCUACAACAGCUUCAGUGUCAACAGCCUGAUUUAUCCCAGAGAAGGGACCGAGCUAUAGGAGUUGAUUCAAACACCUCUCCCCACUGUUUUUAGGGACUGGCUGCUCGGUGAAUUCUGCUCUGAAACACAGACACACGCAUACUGUAGACGUCCAUGCGUUUCAGCAGAGAGGUCAGAGUGCAUGCUGGGUAGCGGCUUCAUGAACACAGCACUCGCUUCCACUCAUCGGUUCACAGAGAGAUUAGAGAACUAGAGUAUUUUAGGUGAACUUGAUUUAACUUGACAAGCACUCGAGACGGUGGAAAUGCAAGCCGGAUAGUCCAACAAAAUAUGAGCACUUAUGUUUUUACUCUUUUUUUUUUUUUUUUUUAAAUAUAUUAUAUCAAAGGUCCUACUUUGCUCUUAAUGCUAAAAUAUACUUGCAAAGUAAGACAACCACUAAACACUUAUGCCUUUUGAUAUAUUUUAAAACAUCUAUUUAACAUUUUUUUUGGGGCAGUUUCAACAGAAAGUUUCUCUAUUGUUGUAGUCAAAGCCACUGUUUCAUGUAUAAAAAUGUAAAUCUAUACGUUUGAUAAUUUUUUGCCAGUUUUGCCAAAUCCGGCCCAUAUUUCUUUGGAGCGGCCAAAUUCUUCCAGUAGAUUACAUGUGUUGAAACUGUUUAUUCAUAUUCAUAAUCAACUCAAAUCUGCCAAAGUUGCCUUUGUGAGACCGCCAUUACCUCAAAUCAACAAUCAUAUGAGAUGAAAAGUGCCCUGCUAUGAAGAGUUUAUCCGUCUAUUUAGUUUCCAAAUGCAGUAACGAUUGAUUGAAUAGAAAUAUGAUCCGAGACGGGCCUUAUUUUUUUAUAUCCUCCAUGUUGACUGAAACCACAGCACUAAGGCUCAUGUACAGACAUGUUGACUUUAUAAAUGUGUAUUUUUGUAAAUUAUAAAAAAAAAAAUAGUUUGUGACUAUUUAUGCUAUUUAUGCUAGCAGGCAUUGUUUUUCUACUGUCCUCCGAACAUAGUUUGAUUAAAGCAGAAGUGAAUGACAUUAGCUUACAAAAUGCACCGAAAACAGUAUCACUAAAACCCAGAUGUCAUAAAUAUAUAUAUAUAUAUAUAUAUAUAUAUAUAUAUAUAUAAACUAUAUGCUAUGUCAUGGUUUCUCUCAGGAUUCAGUGUGACAAUCAUUGAAUGGCUUUUGUAUCUAUUAUUGUCUUUUUUAUCUUUACGUACAGCUUCCAGGCAGUUUCAACUGUGACUAUUAAUAAAUAUCAUGUGGUCUCUAUUGUAUUGUCAUGCAUCAUUUUCAAAUAAGGCAUCAGUGUAUUCAGGGCGUCAUUAUCAUUUGAAUGCAUACCCAUACAUUUACUUUAAUCUCCUAUUUCAUUACUUCUACUCCAUUUCAGCUCAAUGCAGCCUCCUACCAUCUGUAUAAAAACAACAAAACCUGCGUGAGAUAGUUGUGUGUUCCUGCCAGCCUUCUUUACUGCCUAUUUUACUUUUGUAAACUUAGUGACGCCAGUUCUCCAGAACGGAAGAGGAUAAGAUGCGAAAA